CGCUCGCGGACUGUUCGCUUGCGAGCUUUAGCAAAAUCAAGGGAAUAUUUUUUAUCGAAUAUCCUUCUGCAGAAUCUUCAAAAAUAUUCACCAUCCUUGGGUCAGGAAGGAACGAUAUCUUCGUCAGGGCCAGGGAUACUAUUCACUGUAUCAGGCUUGAGCUAGAGAAGACUGCUUGAAUGAGGCUGUGGUGCAAGACAUGAAGAGGGUGCGUCCUGAAGACCACGACAGUGCAUAUGGUCAAAACAGGCAGAGUUUCCGUCCCCCUCCUGUUCUUGCCCCAGCCCCAGUCGGCAUGACAACCUAUUCGGAGCAGCUCCAGCAAGAUGGAUUAAGUGGGUUAGCGCAGUUCCCUGCAGCUGCACAGAUGGCAGGUGCUCCUGGAUUCCAAGUUCAGGCACAGACUCCCCAGUCACAUCCUCAUGUUCAAAAUCCAGCAUCUGGUCAUCACCAAGGCCAAGUUCAGGUGCACGCACAAGCUCAAGGUCAACAACAACAACAGUUUCAACGAUUAAAGGUUGAGGAUGCCUUGUCGUACUUAGAUCAAGUCAAACUUCAGUUUGGGAACCAGCCUCAAGUGUAUAAUGACUUCUUAGAUAUUAUGAAAGAGUUUAAAUCCCAAAGUAUUGAUACACCAGGUGUUAUCAGCCGUGUCUCAUCUCUGUUCAAGGGACAUCCAGAACUAAUUGUAGGGUUCAAUACAUUCCUUCCACCUGGGUACAAGAUUGAGGUUCAUGCUAGUGAUCCUGGCCUUGUGUCAGUGACAGCACCCAAUGGACAGUCUCAGAUCACCACACUCAUCCAACCAGCUCAGCAACCAGUACAUCAGUCAGGUGCACAACAAGGACAACAACAGCAGCAGUCACAGCAGAAGCAGCAGCAACAGCAGCAGCAGCAGCAACAUCAGCAGCCUCUCCAGUCACCAACAGCUCAACAAGGACAGGGUCAGCAACCAGUGGAAUUUAACCAUGCCAUAAAUUAUGUGAAUAAAAUAAAGAACCGGUUUCAAGGACAGCCAGAUAUCUACAAGGCCUUUUUGGAAAUUCUUCACACAUAUCAAAAGGAACAGAAAAACAUAAAAGAGGCUGCCAUGCAAGGAACUCCUCUAUCUGAACAAGAGAUCUACACAAGAGAAGCAAAACUUGCUAGUGAGGUGUAUCACCAAGUUGCCAAGCUUUUUCAAAAUCAAGAAGAUUUGCUUCAAGAAUUCAGCCAGUUUCUUCCUGAUGCCAAUGGCGCUGCAAUGUCUGGGGGUUUAUUAGCAGCAAACAGGUUGCCAGCUCACCUGACAGCUGCAAGGAAUGAGUAUGUACCUCCCACAAAGAAGCCAGCUGGUGGGUCAAAUUCUUCAAAGCGUAUGAUACACCAGAUCAGAAGAAAUUCAAACAGUGUCUCCUCUUCCCCAACACACCCUCAGGCAAAGCAGAAGAAAUCAAGAAGUGCUAUCAAAGAUGUGCCUCUGGAUGAAGCACAGAAACAUGGCACCUUUUCUGAAUUUGCAUUUUUUGAAAAGGUGAGGAAAGCUCUCAAAAAUCCUGAGCUCUAUAACAACUUCUUGCGAUGUCUUGUAUUGUUCAAUCAAGAAGUUAUAUCUCGAUCAGAACUGGUUCAACUAGCAUCAAGCUUCUUGGGAAAAUACCCAGAGCUGUUUCAAUGGUUCAAGGAAUUCCUAGGCUACAAAGACUCCUCUCCUAUGGAGAGUAUGGCUAAUGUCAAAGAACGAACCUCAGGAGAACUGCAUCAUCUUGAGAUAGAUUAUUCCUCUUGCAAGAGAUACGGAACAAGUUAUAGGGCACUUCCUAAGAGCUAUACACAGCCAAAAUGUAGUGGGCGUACUGCUUUGUGUAGAGAAGUCCUCAAUGACACCUGGGUGUCCUUUCCAUCAUGGUCGGAAGACACUCCCUUUCCAGGAACAAGAAAAACCCAAUAUGAAGAGUACAUUUUUAGGUGUGAGGAUGAACGAUUUGAGUUGGAUGUUGUGUUAGAAUCCAAUCUUUCAACCAUUCGUGUUUUAGAAGCCAUACAGAAAAAACUCCAGAGAAUGCCUCCUGAAGAGCAGGCAAAAUUUCGUCUAGAUAGCUGCAUAGGAGGAACAUCUGAGUUCAUUCACAGAAAGGCCAUCCAGAGGAUAUACGGUGACAAAGCUCCUGAUAUCAUUGAUGGUUUGAAGAAAACACCUGCAGUGGCUGUGCCACUGGUACUUAAGAGGUUAAAAACUAAAGAAGAAGAGUGGAGAGAAUCUCAAAGGCAGUUUAAUAAAAUAUGGCGAGAUCAGAAUGAAAAGUAUUACCUAAAGUCCUUGGACCAUCAAGGGAUCACUUUUAAGCAAAAUGACUUGAAGGCCAUGAGAUCGAAAAGCUUGAUUAAUGAGAUUGAGACUAUUUAUGACGAGAGACAAGAGCAAGCUGCCGAAGGUAAUGGAGAUGCUGGAGGGCCUCACUUGGUUUACACUUACCAGGACAAGUCUAUUCUGGAUGAUUCGGCUGGUCUGAUUGUUCAUCACAUGAAGAGACAGACGAGUAUUCACAAGGAAGACAAAGCAAGGAUCAAGAUUCUCUUACACUGUUUCUUACCGGACUUGUUCUUCGCCCCAAGGGGUGAGCUAAGUGAUGAUGAAGAUUCAGUUAAGGAACUUAACGGCCUUGGCAAACCGGAACUUACUAACGGUUUACCAGAGGCAGAAGCAGAUGACGCUUAUAACUUAAUAUACGUAAACAACAACUGGUACUUACUCUUCAGACUUCAUCAGAUGCUCUGUGAGCGACUGCUGAAGAUGUAUCAACAGUCUGUCAUGAUAGCGGAAGGUGAAGCUUGUGACAAGCAGCAAAGAAAACAGGCCACAGCCAUUGCACUGAGACUGAAGGCACCAAGCGAAAUAGACCUCGAGGAAUAUUAUCCAGCGUUUUUAGACAUGAUAAGAAACCUGCUGGACGGAAACAUGGAUUCUACAAACUUUGAGGAUACGUGUCGUGAGAUGUUUGGUGUUCACGCCUACAUCGCAUUUACUAUGGACAAAUUAGUUCAGAACAUAGUUAGGCAGCUGCACACCAUUGUUACAGACGAUUCAUGCAACCAGGUCACUGAGCUAUACCAGCAGGAGCAAGGUAACCUUGCCACUGGUGGUAGCUCGGCCACUCAGCAUACCCGUGCGGUGUCAGAAGCUGCCUAUCAAAAGAGAUCUGAGUCACUGCUAUCGGAUGAGAACUGUUACAGAGUUGUCAUUCACAAAGACAAGAACAUCUGCAGGCUGAGUAUUGAAUUGCUGGAUACAGAGGACUCUCAUUCAGAAGAUCCAGUCGAAGUAGAGAAAUGGAAUGAGUACGUCGAAAAGUUCGUGGGCAGCGAGGAAGUUUCCACGGAAGUUAAAGAUCAUUUACAGAACAAACCCAUAUUUUUACCAAGAACGGUUCGUUCCAACUCGCGGAUGAAAUCUUCGAUUACUCCAAGUACCGAGAAAGAAUCAACCACGAAUGAUAAUGGAUCGUCAACUGAUGAUGCUGAAAGUGAGGGAAACAACAGCGAGAAAGAAGAAGAAAAUGAUGAGGGCGAGGAAAUGGAUGUUGAGAAUUCUAUGGAAUGCAAACUCAGCUUGAACUCGUACAAGAUUAGAUUUGUCAAAGGCAGUGAAGAUUACUUGUACAGACGACAGUCUCUGAAGCGAGCGAAAGAGAGUCAUUCUCUAGUGGCAAACCGCCUUCACUGCAGAUUUCAGGCGUGGUUAAGCGAGUGGGUAAAGAAUCACGUGUCAAGCGACCAGGAGAGCGGGUGUCAUGACUGGCUGCUGGGACGAGUGGAUGGGCUUCAUCCUUGCACAACAACCUGUGAGAGUAUCACGGAUGCCGCCAUUAAACACAACAAAUACUCCGUGAAAUGGGAAAAAGAUAAGAACGCGCAAGAAAAGAAAGACGAAGACAAAGAGACCGAGCAUAAUGCCCCGUCAUAAACCUGUCCAGUUCUGUACAGUUGAUUAUUGUUAAACGGAUUUUAUAGGUAAACUAGUGUAUUGUAGUCAAGGGAUGGCGUUACGAGAGAGAAAGAAGUGUCAUGAGAUUACGUGGCUUGUGUCACUUAAAGCUAAGUACUUUUUGCACACACUGGGAUACAUCUGGCUCGCUUUGGUCUUAGAAAACCACCCCGGUUGGAUUGUAAAUUCAAUUUUUGUUCAUAGUGAUGCUUUUCUUAUCUAACUUGUUGCAAUUCUUUCUUCUGAUCGAGACGUCCGUUGUCUUCCUUUUCUUAUCGACAGUUAUUUUGUACAUACAACAUUCACGUAGACAGAUCAUUAAGGUAACAGUUGCAGGGAAUGAAAUCACUCGGGUCUGCGCGAGACGAUGCUGUUCACUUUUUCUUAGAUGAUUCUAACAACACCCUUAAUAUGUAAUAGCUUCAAAACCUGGAAAUCACGUUACUGUUCAGUCUGGCUCUUGUCUCUCCUGCCAUGUCAAAGGUUUCAAUUCGUGUGUAGAAUUAAAUGACUAUUGAUAAAUCCUAGGAAGGUUUAGUCACUUCUAGCGUCAUAGAAACUUGCCUUUUAACGCAAUGAAACGUCAAAUAAUUGUUCAUCGUUGAUGACAAACACCAAAGGAGUUCGAAGGGUAGAAAGGAAAGAGAAUGGUUAGGAUAACGGACUACAAAGGAAGAACUGAAGGAUUUAAGCUUAACUUUUCACGAAGCUGACCUGUCUCCUUAAAAUUAUUUUUCAUGUGGUUGCUAAGUUUAAACGAGAGGUGUGAAUACCUCCCCUCCACUCCCCCCUCCUCCCCCCACUUCAAUUUAAAGACGUAAAAAGAGAUCUUCAAAAUACCUGCAUUUUAAAAGUAUUUGUUCGCAGUCGGCUCCGGUAGUGCUCGAUCGAGUAGUACCAACUUAAAGCCAGUUGUGGUAGGUUUUAAGGGCUUGUUGUCACUUUAAGACCGCCACCAAAACCGCAAACCCGACAUAUCUGGACAAGUAAGAUUUUUGUUACACUAGUGACUUGUUUGGAUUGAGUUGGAAAGGACAACUUCGAGAGUGUCACGCUGUAGUAGCGAUUCCUAUAUAGAAGAUAAUGAUAAACCGCUAAAGGUGGACAACAUCGAAGUUGUCCAUAGAAAAUAACUAAAACAUGUUAGCGCCUGCAUUUAUCGUCUGCCGCUUGUACGCCUAAAAUUUCGCUACAUUGUCCUAAAAGAAGUGAGAAUAGAGAAACGCAUGAGUCGGAGGGUGUUGUAUCGACAUAAUAUCAAAUUCUCUUUAGAAGGGAAUCUAAAGCAACAGGAAGGGAGAAGGUACCAUCCAUUGUGCUCUUGCACUUAAUUUUAUAAGUCAGAGUUCUUAAUCCCUUCAGUUCUCAUUUUUCUAGUCUUGCAUGGCGUAUGUACCCGAGUGAUUGCCUGAACAGACUUGACUGGUAAAUGUACUUCGGGUAGUAUAGUAAGAAAAUGUAAGGUUGUAUACCAUUCGAGUUGUAGCAUAGGCAGAUAGAAGAGUAACUGACUUUGAUUUGGUUGGUUAUUUCCAAAUGUAGUCGGGUACACAAUGAGCUGCCUCAGCAGCAGCAGUCAGUGUUGUUAUUAGACUUAGUUGAGUGAUGUGAAUCCCAGUGCCGUGGUCAGGUAAUUUAUUCUUUGACUCUGACCCACUUUUACAGAUAUUUAACAUAUCGAAUUAAAGCAAUCUAAUCAA